AUGUGCGGCGGCGGCGGGCGCGGAGCGGAGCGGGCAGCGCAGCCGGGCCGGGCCGGGCCGGCGAGCAGCGAUGAGGUGCGGGGACGGCCCGAGAAGACCGAGCCGAGCGUAGAAGUUGCUGAACGGAGGUGAAAUUGCUGGCACGAGCCACUGCAUCCACCUGGGACGCUUCGCUGGCCAUCUGUGUUAAAUUAGCCGCCGCGCGCGAGCCGCCGACGGGCCCCGGGAUCGAUGGAGGGGCCGGGGAGCGCCCGCCGCCGCGGCCAGCGUCGCGGCCCCUGAAGCGGCGCCCGGCCGGCCGCUUUCACCAUUCGAGGCUCCCGCCGCGCAUGGCUCGUCCAACCCAGGGACUGGCGCCGGCCGCCCCGUAGGCUCCGGGCUCCCGCCGCUGCUCCCAGAUACUCCACAUAUCCCGAUGGGGUAACGUGACGGGAGCGGGACCGUCGCGCCGGCAGCGUCCCCGUGCCGAGGCCUCGGCGGGCAGCGCGGGGAGCCGGGACGGCGGCGUCCCCCCCCCCCCGGCACGCGCCGAGGAAGCCGACACUACAGCCGAGGGAUUUCGUUUUGUUUCGGUUUUGAUUUUUUAUUAUUAUUAUUAUUAUCGUUAUUAUUAUUGUUGUUGUUGUUUGGCUUUUACCACAGGGUCUGCCGGGGGGAUUGGGGGCGGUCGCGGUGCGGUGAGGAAUCCGACGUGCUCCCGAGAGCCGGGAAUAUUUGCACAACGUUUGUAUAUUGAGUUUCCAAUUCAGUUUUGGGUUUUUUUUUUUAAAGCACCGAGCUUUUUUUUUUUCACCCUCCCUGCACGUGGGUUUUUUUUUUUUUUUUUUUUUCCUUUUUGGGCCUUUUUUUUUUUUGGCUUUUUUUUGCUUUCGCCCCACCGCUGCUCUGUAUCGCCCUCCUCGGAUCCCGCCAUGGCCCGGAUGAACCGUCCUGCGCCGGUGGAGGUCUGCUACAAAAACAUGCGGUUCCUGAUCACCCACAACCCCACCAACGCCACGCUCAGCACCUUCUUGGAGGAUCUGAAGAAGUACGGGGCCACCACGGUCGUGCGGGUGUGCGAGGUGACCUACGACAAGACGCCCCUGGAGAAGGACGGCAUCACCGUCAUGGACUGGCCGUUCGACGACGGAGCGCCUCCUCCGAGCAAGAUCGUGGAGGACUGGCUCAACUUGCUGAAGACCAAGUUCUGCGAAGACCCCGGCUGCUGCGUGGCGGUUCACUGCGUGGCUGGCCUGGGCCGCGCUCCGGUCCUCGUAGCACUGGCCUUGAUCGAGAGCGGCAUGAAGUACGAAGACGCCAUUCAGUUCAUCCGACAGAAGCGCCGAGGAGCCAUCAACAGCAAGCAGCUCACGUACUUGGAAAAAUACCGACCAAAGCAGAGACUCCGAUUUAAGGACCCUCAUAACCACAAGAACAAAUGCUGCAUCAUGUAACCUCAAUGACCUCUUGCCAAAAUUCGUGCACACAGACACGCGGGCACUCACACGCAUCGCCCCCGCCGCCGUGCACCCCACCUACCACCCUGCUCGCAGGCCUCGCUCCGGGGACUCGGGCAGGGCAAGGGGGGCCUCGAUGGAGCACCACCGACCCCGGACCGUUCUUCUUACUGACCCCCCUCCCCUGAGAAAGGCUGUCUCCACCUGCCACGGCCCCAAGGAGGGAAGGCAGCGCUGCCCUUGACUCUUGGCUUUAGCAGGCAAUGAAUUCACGUGUCGGUUCUUCGUCACCUUCCUCUCUCCUCCUCCUCCCUCCCUGCCUUUCCCUCCCUGGGAGCCAGGAGCUGAGCCCUUUGCACCAAGAGCACAUCCCUGGCGUGGAGAGAUGGGUCUCCGCUGCUCUUCCUGGGCACAGCGGGGCUUGAUUAGGGGCAAUGCAUGAACAGCCCUGGCCAGGAGCCCCACGGGACCGCGGGCAGGGCUGUGCUGUCCAAGGAGGGAUUGGGGACAGCCGGGCUGGCCUGGACCAGCACCAGGUGGCCAAGCAUCCCAAAGCAGCAAAACCCUCUCCCCACCUCCUUCCUGUAAAUUAGGGCUGUGGGCCAGAGGCAUGGGGUAACACAGUGGCUUGGGGGGGUGGGGGUAGGAGGGACGGGAGGAAGAUGGUGAUGGCAGGGAGGAACAAAAGAGGUCUCAGCAGGGUGACAACCAACAAAGCUGAGAUCAAGUCCUCCCAGCAUCGUUCCCUUUCUCCUGUUCCUCCCCACACGACUUCACCAGCUGCCUGCGCUGCCUCCAUGCAGCCUGGGGUGGCCCGCUUGGGGCUUCGAGAGCCAACGGGGGGUGGGGGGCUCACUCCCCCAGCCGCUUCUCCAGACCCUGCAGCAGUGAAGCCAGGGCCAUCAGGAAGCUUGGGGACAAGAACAGGACUUUGAGGCCCCCAUCUUUUCAGGAUGCCAGGGUGCGUGGUCAAUACUGUGUCCCUGAAGUUUGGGGUGCUCUUAUUUAUAGCUUCCAAAUUCAAUGCACAUCGUUGUUGCUUCUCUUGGGGUGUGCUGGGGGCAAUUUGCUGCUUAUCUGGGGGGAGCAGAGCCAUCACAGUCCCCGGCCAGCUGCGGGCUCCCGUGGCACUAUCUAUCCCAGCUCGCCCUAGGGCAAGCAUAACCACUGCAAAGCUUUCGCUCACCAGCAGCUGGGACGGGUCUUGCCUGCCUUGUAAAAUAGUCCCAGAACCGUCCUGCUGCCAGCUCCCAGCCCGAGCCCCGGGGUAAAGGAGAGCAGCUCAGCGCUGGGGCUGAGUGUGCAGGAGAUACAGGCAUCCCUGUCCUCUCCUCCAGCAGCCCAGCUCAGCACUGCCGUGCACACCCCAGGGUUGCAUCCGGCUGGGUCUUCCUGGGACCAAGCAGUGUGUAUCGUAGUUUCCCAUCUGGUCCCCAGGAUGGACAAGUAGGACAAGGAGAGUCGCGGAGCAAACCCAGCUUCUGGCUGACGAUGCCCCAGGGAUGCAAAGCGCAUCUCCGGGCAUGUCCAUGUCCUCCACCGUUGCAUUGGUGUUUGCUCUCUGCAGGGCUGGGGCUCUAGCUCUCCCAGGGAUUAGGGUUUCGGUGCUCCCAGCAAGAGCUCAUCACCAAAUUUGCGCCUGCCUUUGCCCUCCCCCGUGGCAUCUGUAACACAGCGUGUUGCCCUGUAAGCGCCUGGCACCCUGUAAGCCCCCUGGGUUGUGCUCUGCGGUGGAUGCAGAGCACCACCUGAGCCAGGACAUUAAAUGUCUCUCAAUCUUCUGCCUUUGAAUGCUUUCAGCAGCUGGAGCGGUGGGCACUUAGGGGGUUUGGGAGUGGUGUGUCUUCUGAUAAGGGUAAGAAGAAAUUUGCUAAUUAAAGGAAAAAAAAACUAUUUGUCUUCCA